AGGCGUGGGUCAAUCCGAAUACUCUGGCUUAGGGGACCAUCUGCCAAAUUGUAUCUUGCCUUCUUCCUACACUCUCCACAAUGCCUCCAACUUUACUGCUCAUUCGCCACGCACAGGCUUUACACAAUGUGGCGAGCGACUGGUCCAUCCAUGAUCCACCGUUGUCUGAGCUCGGCAAAGAGCAAUGCAAAGAGCUGCAAACAAGCCUGCAGAAUAACAAGAUUGGUGACCAAGUCGAGUUGAUCGUCGUCAGCUCAAUGAGACGGACGCUGCAGACUGCAAGCAUUGGGCUAGAGUGGCUGAUCAAAGAAAAGACCAUCGAGGUACGGCCAGAUGCUGGUUGGCAAGAAAACGCCGACAAGCCUUGCGACACAGGUUCGCCUAUUGGCACCAUGGUGCAAGAAUUUCCCGACUUCGAUUUCUCAACAGUCGAUCCACUAUAUCCUGACAAGACAUCAAGCCUCUCUUCUAACCCCUACGCGUUCACCCGUAAGGCCAUACUUGCCCGCGGCCAAAGUUGCUUACGGUCACUCUAUUCGAGGCCUGAGAAGUGUAUAGCGGUCGUGUCACACUCUGGCUUCUUACGUGCGGCUGUUUGUAAUAGACGCUUCUUCAACGCGGACUGGCGAGUGUUCGAUUACGAUGAGGAGAGAAUGCGGGAAAGCCAGGAAAGAGGUGAGGGUAUGGACGGGCAAGGACUGUACUUGUUGCAAGAGUGGAAAGAGACGGAAGAGAAGGGUGGCGGUAUGGGGAGAAGCGAUGUGGGAAUCUUUGGACCGGAAACUGCAGAUUUUCCUCCAGAGGUGGAGGAGGAGGAGACCACAGAAAUUCCAACGCAAAUCGCAAUGUGAGCCCACUGAUUAGAAGAGACCCAUAAGACGAACCACGCAGAUCCGCCGCGCCCCGGCGUUAUGUAUUGCACGCGGCUCCUCGCAUCCAGGCCCAACAAAAACAGUCAUGUUUACAAGUCCGACGCUGACAGCGCUACCCUGGCCUGCAAACCCAUGCAACUUCUCAUCUCGCUUCAUCUCGCGCCAUUUGUUCCAACCCAUUACAUGGAAACGAACGCUGCUCGUAACAUGAACAGAAGCUCUUUUAUUCGAGCAUCUCUAUCAAUCCUUACUCGUGCACAUCGCUAACGCAUGCUUCGAGCUUUCGUAGACAGCGUUCUCGAGUUGUAAAAU